CUAACGUGGCAGAUGACUGCGCAGCGAACACUUUCUGCGCAUGGAUUUGAGAUCAUAGUCGCCAUAUUGCUGUCUAUUUGGGAUUUUAAAGUGAGUAAAUAUUAUAGAUUUUUCUCACUUUCCCUUUACUGUAUUCAAAAUAUUCUCUAACAUUUGUGGAUUCUGUUAUACAUCUUGUGUAACUGGAGCCACAAGUAUACCAUUAUUUACCAAAUAAAAAAUAGACAGUUAUUUUGAGUUGUUGCAUAAAAUUGAAGUGCUUCUAGAUAUUAUUUUUUCUUAGCAUCUCGACAGGUUGUCUGGCAAUACUUCCGCAGUAUUUUUAUUUUGCGUGGUGGUAUAUAUGCUGUUCAAUAAUUUUGAUCGGAUAAUUUUUUUCCCGAUUCUGCUGGGUGCUACAUGGCAAACCUUUGACAGAUGUUCCGUAUUCUCUGACAUUCCUAUACAUUUUAUUUUUAAAAUAGAACUAACGAUUCAAUCGCACAUAAGGCAGUCAUAGUUGAACAGCAAUAUACCUUAUAAGGUUGACUCAAUAGUUCAGAAAAUAAGGCUUGCGUUUAUUUUCUCGCACAUAUUAACAAAGGGAUUCUGAGAAUUGAUCCAGUUACUCAUCAGUCCACAGUGGUUGGUUUUUCGUUUAAGGCAUAAGGAACUAUUCUCUAAGAAUACAGAGUGAAGAUUGCUGAUAAUCAAGAUGUCAGUGUUGAAUCAAAGUGGUGAAGAGCAGGUGGAGUGCCCCCUGUGUAUGGAACCACUCGAGGUGGAUGAUCUUAAUUUUUUCCCAUGCACUUGUGGCUAUCAGAUAUGCAGGUUCUGUUGGCAUCGGAUCCGUACCGACGAGAAUGGCCUGUGUCCGGCGUGUCGCAAGGCCUAUUCUGAAAAUCCGGCCGAUUUUAUACCGCUGUCUCAGGAGCAGGUCGCCAAGCUGAAGGCAGAGAAGAGGCAACGUGAUCAGCAGCGCAAGGCGAAGUUGAGCGAAAGCCGCAAGCAUCUAGCUAGCGUGCGCGUCGUGCAGCGAAACCUCGUGUUCGUGGUGGGUCUGCCGAUGCGCCUGGCCGAACCGGAAGUGCUCAAACGGCACGAAUACUUCGGCAAGUUCGGCAAGAUACACAAGGUGGUUAUCAACCAAUCCACGUCCUAUGCUGGCUCUCAAGGACCUAGUGCAAGUGCCUACGUUACUUACAUGAAAAGCGAUGAUGCUCUGAGAGCCAUACAGAGCGUUAACAAUAUAACGAUAGACGGUAGACUGAUUAAAUCCAGUUUAGGCACUACAAAAUAUUGUUCGCAUUUUAUGAAGAAUCAACCGUGCCCGAAGCCCGACUGCAUGUAUCUGCAUGAUUAUGGUGAUGCCGAAGCCAGUUUCACGAAAGAGCAAAUGCAUGCCGGCAAGCAUCAGGAGUACGAGAAGAAGUUGCACGAAAACUUCGCGACGCGCAUGAACCAACAGCAGCAGGCUGCGAGCAUAUGUGACGGUAAGAAUUCCGCCAGCACUCCAAUACCGACGGCAGACGCGAAUAGUAAAGGUAGUUCCAGUUCGAAGUCGUCCAAAGAGAACGUCGCGUUGUCGAGUUCGGUCAGCAGCACCAGCAGCAGUACCGGUUCGAACGGCGGCGGCACUAACAAGGAAAACUGGCCGCAUUUGAAUAACGGCGUGGGCGAGAAAGACAAAGAGUCGAGCAAGAAGGAGAGAGGCGGGAAAAAGAGCAAGACGAAAGAAGGAAAAAAAGAGCGGAAAGACGGCGGCGGGACGAGGGAAGGCGGUCGAUCGGCGGCGAAGCAGGAUGGCGAGAAGACGGACGUUAAAGACCCUACAAAUUCGGCGCGCACUGGUGGGGGCGGUAGUACUUCGCCGUGUUCACCGGACCACACAUCCACCACUCCGCCCCCUGGUUCGACCACGCCGACUUUGCUUCAACAAAGGCUGCCGUCAACCUCAGCUGCCUCAGAACAGACUCAACAUUUGUUACAUCAAACGCUCACAACCUCCACAUUAUUAAAACUACCCUCUUCGGUGCUGGUGGACGAUAAUAGUAGCUUUUUCUCGGCGAAUGCCUUUCAGAAAGCUGUUCAUACGGAAGACGGAAGGCCAGAUGAAAACGCGGAUGAGGAAGAACGCAGCCGGAAUAGUGGACAUCACAACCACCUUUACAAUAUAGGACACAGCCAGCAUCACGAUGCGCUAUUCACAGAUUGUCUGCCGGACAUCGAAACGCAAGAGGAUUGGGCGGCGGCUUUCGGCUUUGCCAGGGGGGUCGAUAACGGAUCUGGGUUACUUUCUGAUGAUAUAGGCAAACGUGGCGAUCUCAAGUCGCCGCUAGACACAUCCUGCAACGGCUUCACGAAUACUCUGAGCGGACCGGAGACGGGCGGGUUCGCAAAGAAGACGGACCAGUUUGCGAGCGCCCCGAACGGUUUCUACGACCUGAACGCGUCUACGGCUGCUGCGAAGCUGAACAUGCUGGACAUGCUGAUGGCUGGCGCCGUUAAGAACGGUUUCGGUAGCAACGCCGGCGUACAACAACAUCCCCAGCCGCCUAACGGCCUAGAUCAGACCAUGAACAAGUUCUUUACGGACUUCCAGAAGAAUAAUAAGGAUGCCGCGCAACAGUUCACAAACGGUUUCACAGGUCUCCACCAAAAUUAUUAUGCAGGUUUACAAACAAACGCGGAACGGGUCAUGUUUAUGCAACAGAAACAAUUAGAAGAACAGUUAUUAAAUCUUACUAUAAAACAAGGUUACGGCGGUAGUACGAAUCCAGUAUGUCAAAAUGGUAUCAAUCUUCAACAGCCACAGCAUUACUUAGGCGGCGAGAACGGUAGAUUCGCUAAUAUGCACAGUCAGCUCUACGGCAGGACCACAGUUAGACCGAUGGCGACAAAAAGUUCAGAGGAUGACUUAGGUUUCGAUCCUAUACAAGAGACGCAGAAAGCGUUUGCGGAAUUAAUGGCAUCCGAACAGACACACAAAACACAACAUAAUAGUACAGGUCGUAGUCAAAUUAAUGGUGUAAUUCAUAAUCAAAAUGGAGGUCACUUACCACCGCCACCGCCUGGUUUUAUACAAUCCAGUACACAUAUGAAUUCUUUUGGUAGUAAAAUUUUACCUUUUUUAAAUAUGUCUAGUAGUCAACAAAUAAACGGUUCAGCGACGCAGAACAACUGGCCUAGUAGUUUUAACUCGCAGUUACAUCAGCAUCAGAAAAAUAUAACUAACUCGUGUAACGACUGGAAAGUGUUGGAUCCGGCGAUCCUGUCGUCUAGCCGUCAUUAUCCGUUAGCCGCAUCAAAUAUACCGCAGCAGCCUCCCGGUCCGCCCCCCGCGCUCAGGGACAACUUCCAACAGGCUUUCGCUCAGCCCGCGCCACACCAGCCCAGGUCUCCGUUAGACUACCAAGCAAACAACACAUUAUCAAACUUUCUCCAGCACCAGCAGCUGCCGCAACAGAGCAGCCCUUUCGCGGGAGCGUUUUCACAUUUGAACUCUCAAACGAUAAAUUGGCCGGGCAGCAGCAGUCUUGUUACUAAUAACGACAUCAACGGUCAGAUCAGCAGUCCUCCGGGUUUCAGGAACGCCCAGCAGACCACCACGAAACAGGAGUGCUAAGCACUUCGAGGAUAACAUGCGCCAGCACCUCACCACGCGUCGUUUGAAUGGGUCACUUGUGUAAUUUAUUAUAAUAAAAUGAAUUAUAUUCGGAAUUUGGAACGUUGGAACUAACGAAUUCGGAUAAGAUCAGAACAAUUUUUUUCGUUUAUAUACAGUCUUCCACUAAGAUUUGACAAUUCGUAUGAAUAUAGGAUUGUUUUUUGAAACAUUCAAGCAAGCUAAAUAUAAACCCUGUUGUAAAAGAAGUGCAGAAGGAUUUAUAUAUUCUUUAGAGUGAAUGCAAAGGUCCCUCAUUCUGGGUAACUUCAAAGUUAUGUAUAUAGAAGAUUUGGGAAAGGGUUGAAAACAAAAUGGGUAUGUCCAAUUCGUUGCAACAAUUAGUUGGUUAUUGCUAAAUAUCGUUUAUUUUUUUAUUGCCGAGAAGUGCGUCUGAGUAAAUUUGUUAAAGCCUUUAAAACUUCAUCGCAAUGUAUCUCGGCAGGGGAGCGUCUUUGUUUUUUUUUUUUGUUAUUAUUGGAUGUACUUAGAAACAUUGCCACGUCUUUCUGAAACACCCUGUAGAGAUUACUCUAAACAAUAUUAUAUUUUUUUUUGCCAAAAAAUGCAUUUUUUAACUAAUAAUAAAUAGUACAGUUCACGAAUCAUAUGAGAAUAUUAUACAUUUAUAAUAGAUUAGUGUUAGUAAUUGUUGUAAAGAAAAGAAUAAUUAUUUGCACUAAUCUACUGUAAAUGUGGAAUAAUCUCAUACAAUUUCAGAGCUGUACUAUUAUCAACAAUAUUGUUAAAUAAUGAUAUUGUUUAUCGGUCAUCUCUAUACACGUCAUGAAACAUCCAGGCUAAAAGUAUUAAGAAUACUCCUUCAGACUUUAGAAAACAAGUUAUGUGCGAACACGUUAAGUUGAAGAUUGUAUGUAUUAUCUUGUGAUGAUCUCUCAUCAUAGCGUUAUUUGAACAACAUUCGUGUCUUGGCAUGGUAAUGGAUCGUUUGAGUGGGAGUAUAGUAACUUAUGUUGUUAUUUUUUUAUGCACUUUAUGCUUUACAAAUAUUGGUAUUGUUUUUUUGAAUCAACUGUUGCACUAUUUUCCAAAAAUUGCAUAUUUUUACUUACUUUGUAGUGUCCCCUUGAAACAGCGGCUGCUGGCUACACUUGUUUUCUACCUCUGCGUAUAUUCCGAAUUCGUUAUGUUUUUCAGUACGAUUCAUUUUGGCCAUGUAGUUUCGGUUAUAAAUUCGUCUUAAUGGAUACUAAUCGAGUAAUAUUUUUCUUGCAAUAUUUGUCUAUAACUAUGACGACUAUAGUCCAGCCAUCAUAAACAUAUUGCAGCAUAUGGCCGGAUGUUUCAGGAAGUACAUCCCAAAUUAACAAAAAAAAAUCCUAUGAAUAUGGCUCCAAAGAUGUUUCCCUACCAAGUUUUAUUUCCGAAAUCGUCUAAAAUCCUGACUAUCUUUACCAGCUUCGUAAAUAAAACUGCAUAACCCUGUAUCUCGAUACACCCAAAUUUAUAGGAACUUUUUUUGGUUAUUUUUGGAUGUACUUCCUAAUGUCGGACAAGUCUAGUGGACCAUACUGAAAAUAUUGCUCGUUUAGAAGAGUCACAAAACGGUUUACAGGUUGAAAGUUUGAUGCUUCAGAAGUGGGAUAGUGAAAUAUCGAGAAGUUUUGAGGAGCAUAUAAAAAUGAUUAUUAUUGUUUUUAAGGCCGGUAUCAAUAAUUACUCCAAUUACUUGACCUUUCCAUUCUCAUAUGGUUGUAUUUGGUUGGUAAUUAUUCGGAUAAUCAAUGUUUUGCCUACAGGCUCGGGUUUUUAAAUGUAUGAUGAUGGGCGCGUGCAGGAAUUUUGUUCAGGGAGGCGGAUCAUCAGCAAGAGAGCUUUUGUGAAAGACUACAUGUCCCCAACACUCCCAGUGGGGGAUAAAUCUUAAACAUCCCCGAAAAUGUACCUCCCACCUGCAUACCUCCCCUGCGGGCGCCCAGAUUUCGCAAAUGUCCAUUAUGACUAGUUCAUAUGAUUCUAGCAGUUGCCGCUUACACGUUUCUUUUGCACUUGGCCUGUUUACGGCUACAUUGUUAACCAAAUACCUCAUACUUAAAUGUUAAUGGUAACCUGUACUGUUAAAAAAAUUUAGAGAGCAAGAAAAAAGGUUCUAGUUUUUGUUUUUUAGCCGAAUUUUAGGAGGAACGGUUCUAACAGCCCAGGGAAACUUUUGCUUCUUUUUAGUCCACGGGCUUGAAAAAAAAUGUUCGUGUUAGGCCUUGAUGUGGAUCAGAUAGCCCGUUUAUUCAGCUUCAAUAUCCUGAUUUUGAAUGAAAAAGGAUCAUCGACAACUGAUAUCUCAAGCUUUGAGGAUUUGUUUGUUGUUUAACAGAAAAAAUAUUCAAGCCCAUGGAAAUCGAAGAACUAAAAUUGGCAAUACAUUAUCAAACAUUAAAAACAUUUCGAUAGGUGUGCCACAGGGUAACGAAAUUAGGGCAAUUACUAUUUAUUUUAUAUAUUAACGAUAUUCCUGAUAUUUUACAACACUGCAAAAUUCAACUAUUUGCUGAUGAUAAUAAACUUAAACUAAACACAAACAAAAUAAAAUAUAUACUAAUAGAAAAAUCUUAUAAAAUACGAUAAUUCUUCCAAUUAAUCAUGAAAAAAUUGUGUCAAUCGAAUCAUUUAAAUAUAUUGGGGCAUAUAUGUAGACAGUAAAUUAAAAUUUGAAAGGCAGUAUGAAUAUAUUAUUUCAAAAAUAUCCAAGAAAAUAAAUUACUUUCAAAAUUACAAAUAUUAGAAAAGAAUCCUAUGAGAAUCAUCUUAAAUAAAAAUAAAUAUACUAGAAAAAAUUUUAUGCUGAAAGAACUACAAUGGUUAAAUCAAAAAUUUCAUAGCCUACUUGGUUUUCAUUUUCAUAUUCAAGUUAAAAAAUCAUCUUCUACCAAAUCACUUGGAAAAUUUUAUAGUAUUGAACAAUGAGUGCCACAAUUAUUCUACUAGAGGAAGUAUAGACUUUCAAUUACAAAACUGCAGUAGCAAUAUUACGAGCAAGUCAGUAUUUCAAAAGGGAUUGUACGAAUUUAAUAAAUUAAGUAAUGAUAUUAAGAUGUGUGUCAGUUUGAAAAUGUUCAAAGGGAAAUUGAAAAAAUAUCUCAUGGAAAACCAGAAUUCAUAGUAGCGAAAUUUUGUAUAAAAAUAUAUAGUCUUGAAGACAAUAUAUUUUGUGAUAUACUGUGUAAUAUGGAUAUUGUAGCAUUAAUGCUAAAUAAAUCUGAAACAAACCAACUUAGUUGCAUGAGAACCGUUGCUCCUAAAAUUUUUCUGCUAAAAAACUUGAAAACUAGAACCCUAAAGCUUCAAGUCUAGAUACGGCCACUUUUCACCGAAAGCCUGUAAAAAAUCACCGACAAAAACCCUGAUUUUUGUCUUACUCCCUUAAUUUUUUUAAGUAAUGUAUAUCCAUUAACGUGCGCUACUUGCGCCUGCAAAAACUCUCUAAUCAUAGGUAUUUAACCCAGAUUUUUUUCAAUCGCAAAUUAACUGUCUCGCUGGUUAACUAAACCUUGACCGUAAAUUCAUCUAUCAAGUUCUGGUCAACUAACCCGCAAUUGUUGAUGCGGCAACGCUGCUUCUGCGUCUGAACUACGUGUUCUGUGCCGCUUUGGUUUGUAUGCAACUCGUGUCACUGUCAGGCCAAGAAGGUUAGGCGAUACGGUUUAACUGCAACUCACUAGUCGAGCCAUAGAAACUUGAUGACCGUUUGAGGACAAGCUUGACAUUGUUUUUAGUCAAGUGCCGGUUAGCAGUAAGGUUACAGUUAACCAGCGAUUGAAAAAUCGGGCGUAAACCUGUGUAACUAGACGAGAAUGGAUUCGUCACUUGGUUCGUUGACUGCUUCCGGAAGAGCUCCGAUAUGUUUGUUGAUUUUGAAACUUGAUUAUGCACUGCAGCUACGAAAAUGGAACUUUUGUGCAAUAUACGGCCGUUGUAACAUAUAACAGGUGUACUCCGUGAAUUUGAGGUGCUGCGUGUGAUUAUAUUUUGCUAUGAUUGAAUUAGAAAUGUGGGUACUUCGCAGAUAAAUAUAUUAAAUGAAUCAAGUAAAACUUAUAUUAUGUACAUUUGAGUAUAUGAAACAGCUAAAUAUAUAAUUCAAUCUAGA